AUCAAAAAUUCAGUGUGGAGCAACCUCGACGCCAACAACUGCAAGCAACAUCUUAAGGGUUCGUGCUUACUCCAAAUAGUGUGUACCAAUCUUCGCUGGGGAUCUACAGCAAUGUCCGUCGACGCUCGCACAGCGUACCCGGGGAGUCGCCCACCGGCCAAUAUGCAGGAUGAAUCAGACGUUGAAGAAGAGGCCCUCGUGAAUAACUAUAAAGAACAAGUGCACUUUGAUGAUGGAAUGAGCGAGUUGGAUCGGACUACCUCACUGGGAGCUGCUUCGCAGACACAGGGCCUCCAGGCGCAGCUGGCAGCAGCAGCGACUCCAUUGGAGUUUCAGGCCACCCUUGAGACGAAGUUCGCGAGCUACGAUAAUUACUGCAGUCUAUUCCAUUAUAUCUUGAACUCGGAUGGACCGGUAGAUCUGGAAGUCCCCUCUUACUACUGGGCAUGGGACGUGAUCGAUGAAUUCAUCUACCAAUUCGAGUCUUUUUGCCGCUAUCGUAACCGGGUUGCUCGUACCGGGUCGAACGAGGAGGAAGCACAGCUUUUGAGAGAGAAUCCCAACACCUGGGGAUGCUACUCUGUCCUUAACGUCCUCUACUCCCUUAUUCAACGAUCUCAAAUUAACGAGCAGCUGGCUGCUAUAAAGGCCAAUGAAGAUCCCAUGGCCGUCGCCGGAGACUACGGAUCUCGCCCCCUCUAUCGCAUGCUCGGAUAUUUCUCCAUUAUUGGGCUGCUACGUGUCCACUGCUUGCUAGGUGAUUUCAGCUUGGCUCUCAAGACUCUUGAUGACAUCGAGAUGAACAAAAAGGCCAUGUUUGCUCGAGUAAUGGCUGCCCAUUUCACAACCUACUACUAUGUCGGUUUCUCAUACAUGAUGAUGCGCCGCUAUGCCGAUGCCAUUCGCACCUUUAGUCACAUUCUCGUCUACGUUUCGAGAACGAAAAACUUCCAGAAGGGCAGGGAGAGCUACGAUGCUAUCGCCAAGAAGAACGAUCAGAUUCUUGCGCUCAUCGCAAUCUGUGUCUCUUUCCACCCCACCCGAUUGGACGACACUAUCCACUCAGGCCUUCGCGAGAAGUAUGGUGACCAGUUCAUUCGCCUUCAGCGCGGUGGGCCGGACGCCCUUCCACUCUAUGAAGAGCUUUUCCGCUCGGCAUGCCCAAAAUUCAUCAGCCCAACCCCCCCGGAUUUCGACAAUCCAGCUCUUAACAUCGAUCCUGUGGAUCAUCAUACGGCCAUCUUUAUGGAUGAAGUGCGCAACACGUUAUACAACCCAACUGUGAAAUCAUAUCUUAAACUAUACACCACGAUGGAUUUGAAGAAGCUCGCUGGGUUCCUGGAAGUUGAGCCAGAGCAACUCCGCUCGUGGCUUCUCGUGAACAAGUUGCGGAGUAGACAGGUGAGAUGGUCUGAGGGAGGCCUGUUGGAAGGUGAAAUCGUCAACUCCAGUGACUUGGAUUAUGCCAUCGAAGGCAAUCUGAUUCACAUUAGCGAAGCUAAGGCGGGUCGAAGAUUAGUGGAUUGGUACCUGCGCAACCUUGCCAGAACAUACUAGAUUGACCAUCGAAGGGAGGAUUUCAUGAACGGAUUAGGUGGUUUUUCAAGUUUACUCUGCAUUCUACGAGAUACAAGUAUGAUGGUUGCCGCAUGAGAGCCUGCCAGCUAUGGAUCUUUGUCUGAUAAUACUCUUUUGUACCUGUCAUGAAGGGAAAGAAAAUGUGGAGUUUUGCUUGGAUUCUCGUCAAAAAGCGGUUUCCUAUCCCCAAAAAGGUAUCCUAUAAAGAAGGUCAUGGCUAUAGUCCUUCUUUACUUCUUAGGCGCUUAUGGUCCAUGUUGUUAUGCUAACGAGUCUUGGUUUAAUUGUUCGACGCCCUUCCAAUAACAGUUUACAUUGUACGGAGUAAUUUUCCUGUUUUGGUAAAAUUUUGAUUGUUCUUUUUCUUUUUUUUUUGCGUCUUUACUUGGUUGUCUAUGUCAUGUACUAUACA